ACGCUGAACCUGGGUGCUGCCGGUUCCCCGCGACAGUCUCAAGCUGCCCUGGAUAGAGUGUCUUGGUGUCAUAGCUCACAGCAACUUUCAACUCUUGGGCUUAAGCGAUUCUCUUGCCUCAGCCUCCACAGGCGCCUGCCACAACCCCCGGCUAUAUCUCUUCACCUAACUUUUUAUUUGGAAAGUGUCAUACUUACAUAAAAGUUGGAGUAACUUCAAGCCUGCGGCAUGAGACUGAAAAUGACAGCCCAGAAUGUUCCUGAAGAAAAACUAUCUUGUGCUGUAGAAAUGGAAGGAUUUCCAAGGGAGGUUCCCUGUUUCUCCCUUCUAGGGGAGGAUGGUUGGGACUGUGACAACCACAACAGACAUUUAAGGCAAUCAGCUUUAACUCCAGAGAAAGUAGGGACUCAGAAAGCAAUUUGUGAAUAUCCUGGUUUUGGGGGGCAUUUGAAUGCAAGUUCACACCUUUCACCAUCCCAGACAGUUCCUAUGACAAAUGGUUUUCAUGUACAUGAUUCAGAUGUUAGAAGUCUGGAUUGCAACUCAGCCUUACACAGUUGUCCCAAAAGUUAUGCAGCUAAGGGAACUGGUGACAGUGAUGCCUAUGAAAAAGCCCUCAACUAUUCCACAGAAGUUGUUCAAUUUGGAAGAAGUCAAAUGAGAGAGAGAUCUUAUAAAUACCCAGAAAGUGUUAAAUCUUUUAACCAUUUUACCUCCCUUGGCCAUCAGAAAAUAAUUAAAAGAGGCAAGAAACUGUAUGAGGGUAAGGACUUCGGGGACAUUUUUACCCUGAGCUCAUCUCUUAAUGAAAACAGGAGGAAUCACCCUGGAGAAAAACAGUAUAAAUGUACUGAAUGUGGCAAAUGUUUCAAACGGAACUCUUCCCUUGUUUUGCAUCACCGAACUCACACUGGAGAGAAACCUUAUACCUGUAAUGAGUGUGGAAAAUCCUUCUCCAAGAACUACAACCUGAUAGUGCAUCAAAGGAUCCAUACAGGCGAGAAACCUUAUACAUGCAAUAAAUGUGGGAAAGCAUUUAGUGAUGGGUCAGCUUUAACACAACACCAGAGAAUUCACACAGGUGAGAAACCUUAUGAAUGUGUAGAAUGUGGAAAAACCUUCAACAGAAAUUCAUCCCUGAUCUUGCAUCAAAGAACUCAUACAGGGGAAAAACCUUAUAGGUGUAACGAGUGUGGGAAACCCUUCACUGACAUCUCCCACCUUACUGUGCAUCUGAGAAUCCAUACAGGUGAGAAGCCCUAUGAGUGUAGCAAAUGUGGAAAGGCUUUCCGAGAUGGCUCAUACCUCACCCAGCAUGAGAGGACUCACACUGGAGAAAAGCCCUUUGAAUGUGUAGAGUGUGGGAAGUCCUUCAAUCGAAACUCUCACCUUAUUGUACAUCAAAAGAUCCAUUCUGGAGAGAAACCCUACGAAUGUAAAGAGUGUGGGAAAACAUUCAUUGAGAGUGCAUACCUCAUCAGGCACCAGAGGAUUCAUACUGGUGAGAAGCCCUAUGGCUGUAAUCAAUGUCAGAAGCUUUUCAGGAACAUUGCAGGCCUCAUUCGGCACCAGAGGACUCAUACUGGUGAGAAGCCCUAUGAGUGUAAUCAAUGUGGCAAAGCUUUCAGGGACAGCUCCUGUUUGACCAAGCACCAGAGAAUUCACACUAAGGAGACCCCAUAUCAGUGUUCAGAAUGUGGGAAAUCCUUCAAGCAGAACUCUCACCUGGCAGUACAUCAGAGACUUCACAGCAGGGAGGGACUCAGCCAGUGUCCUCAAUGUGGGAAAACAUUCAGAAAGAGCUCAUCUCUUGUCCGACAUCAAAGAACACACCCCGGAAAUAAGCCCAUGGAAACAUAAUGCAUGUGGGCUACACUCUUCCAAUGUGCUCUCAGAAUUCUACAUGAAGGAGGUGUGUCUUAGAUGGGACGUCUCCCUGGUCAGUAAAGUUUUUUUUAAGAGAUGAGGUCUUGCUGUGUUGCACAGGCUGGACAUGAAUUCCUUGCCUCAGGUGAUCCUCCUGCCUUGCCUUUCCACAGUGCUGGGAUUACAGGUGUGAGCCUUUAUGCCCAGCAAAAUUCUUUAAGCUAUCCAGUGAAUUGAUGAAGACAUUCCAUAGCCUUAUUGUUAACUCUUGUUCAUUUUGGUCUGGAAACAACAAAGGAUGGUAAGAAAUGUAGAAAAAGCUUCAGUGAGGCAGCACCUGUGGCUCAAUGAGUACGGUGCCAGCCCCAUACACGGAGUAUGGUGGGUUCAAACCCAGUCCUGGCCAAACUGCAACAAAAAAAUAGCCAGGUGUUGUGGCAGGUGCCUGUAGUCCCAGCUACUUGGGAGGCUGACUGAGAAUUGCCUAAACCCAAGUGCUGGAGGUUGCUGUGAGCUGUGAUGCCAUGGCACUCUAUCAAGGGUGACAAAAUAAGGCUGUCUCAAAAAAAAAAAAAAAGCUUCAGGGAUGAUUCAGUCCAUAUCAAACGUGACAGCACAUAUACUGGAAUAAAACAUGAGUGUGAGGAAAGAACUUCCCCUUGAGAUGUCCAUCCAUUUCUGCAUCAGAAUGCUUAAACCAGAAAGAACUUGUGAAUGUGUUCAGUAGGUAAUCAAUAUGAGGAAUCCUUUAAUAGGAGUUUCCACCUUAUUGUACAUAAACUUUUAGUAGAAUCAAAGUUUUUUAAAUCAGGAAAAGAACUUUUUGGCAGGAGCUCUUACUGUCUUUAUCAACAAGCAUGUACUGGUGAGAGAUUGCCUACAGUACUUCACCCACAGAAUUGUAAUAGAUUUUGCUGUUUGAAUGUAUUUCUGUAUUAUAAUCCUGUCUGAACACUGAGGACCUGUUUCAGAAAGGGAAACUCAAUGAAGAAAUGGCUUGUGAAUAAACAGUGAAAUUGUCCCUCGUAAGACUAAGAAAAGCUCAUGCUAAGAUGGGAGGGCUGCUUCCAGGAAACACAAUUUGUUUCUUUAGUUGUAGAAACAAAAAAUACUGAGUAGUUAUGUUUACAUUAUCACCCCCUCACCUCAGUGCCCUUGUUACUCAUUUAGGAUUCAAAUUUGUUCCAUUCAGCUUCUCUGAACCUUAAUUAUAAAGGUUUUUUUUUGCCAUGUUGAAAAUGCGUAUUAUGUGAUGAAAAGGCGGUAUAAUACAGGUUUACUGUCUUUAUAGCCAUGUAAACAUAUGUGCAUGUAUGGAUGUAGAUUGGAAGUGGAUGGUGGAGAUAAAUAAAUGUCUGGUUUCUUUA